UGGGGUGUGCUAAAGCUGCACAGAGGAAGUUACGCAGCCCGGAUCAGGCACGGGGAUAAAAGCUCCGCUGGGGAUUCAAACGGGACCGCAGCCUCGGCGCUAACUUGAGAAGGGAGCCGGGCAUCGAGCACGGCUCCGGCUGCCCUCCGGGGGGGGGGUUCCCCCCGGCCCCGAAGUUGGCGGCUCCGCCGGGAGCCCCCCCGCCGCAGAGCUCCCCCCCGGUGCAGCCUGCUAAUGAACUCCCCUUUUGCCCUGAUCAUGCAACAGGAACGAGACCUCAGGUAGCAGCAUGACUUGGAGCUGAACUUGGCUUGGGAACUCAAUGCUCCGUUGCCAAAAGGCACAGUCAGACAAACCUCCGUACGCCAGCGCCUCACCACUGCUGCAAGGAGCAGAGGGAGAAGCAGCGAGGACAGCACUGCUCCCACCGAUGCGCUGAGCACCCAGCAGCCUGCUCAGACCCCUGCAGAUGUCGCCCCCGACACGGUAACGCCAAUGCCGUCACCUUCUGGGAGAAGGGGAGGUUAGCCCCAUACAGUCUCUCCUGCCAGAGCCGUACUGACGACCAGAUGCUGUAGUUAUCUCACGUACUAACGUUCAAAAGCCCCAGUAAUUAUUUCAAGCAGACCCCGGGUUAAGGCACUUUACCCAGUGACGCAUCUGCAGCAGACAAGAAGGUUGAGGAAAACCUGAUCCAGCACCAUCUCGCAGCCUCUCCAAUUUACUGCUAUCAAAUUUCAUCAGCGACUCAGAACUUGAUCUUUCUAUUGAUUGACUGGAGUCACCUCUAGAUAUUUUCAUGCUGAUUUGGAAGCCCUUUCAUACAAUAAAGCAGAAAAAAUGAGUUUAAGGAAGACUUUUGACCACUGAACAACAAUUCCAGCCAAAACUUUCCGAAUCGAGUAAUUUGCAAAGUUGGCUUCUGCGCCGAGAGAAAUUCUCUGUGCCUGAACACGGCAUACAAAGCGGGAUCGUUCCUAUCCUCAACUUGAUCUCCUUGGACUGGAUCAUCUUUAGAUGAGGAGUUUCCAUGCUGAUCCUGAGAGCAACCCCUAGCCCAGUAGCUGCCUUCCUCAGGACUCUUGGCACUGCCCCUGCCCUGGGAUCCCACACUCGGCCGCAGCUGCCAUGCUGUACCUGCUCGCUCUCCUUCUGCACCGUCUCCCCUUGGCCAUGGGACAGUAUGACAUUUGCAAGUCCUGGGUGACCACAGACGAUGGCCCGUCAUGGGAGUUUUACGCUUGUCAGCCCAAGGCCAUGCGGAUGAAGGAUUAUGUGACAGUGAGAGUGGAUCCGGCAGGCAUCACCUGUGGGGACCCUCCGGAGCGGUUCUGCACCCAUGAGAACCCGUACCUGUGCAGCGACGAGUGCGAUGCCUCCAACCCCGACCUGGCCCACCCGCCCAAGCUCAUGUUCGACAGCGAGGACGAAGGGCUGGCCACGUACUGGCAGAGCGUGACGUGGCGCCGGUACCCGGAGCCACUGCUGGCCAACAUCACGCUGUCCUGGAACAAGAGCAUCGAGCUGACGGACGACAUCGUGAUAACCUUUGAGUACGGCCGGCCCACCAUCAUGAUGCUGGAGAAGUCGCUGGACAACGGGAGGACUUGGCACCCGUACCAGUAUUACGCAGAUGACUGCAUGGAGGCCUUCAGCAUGCCAGCACGGAGGGUCCGGGACCUCUCCACCACCAGUGCCAACAGGGUCCUCUGCACGGAGGAGUAUUCCCGCUGGGUGGGAUCCAAAAAGGAGAAGACUGUCCGGUUCGAGGUGAGGGACCGCUUUGCCAUCUUUGCUGGCCCCGACCUCAAGAACAUGGACAACUUGUACACCCGGCUGGAGAGCGCCAAAGGGCUCAAGGACUUCUUCACCGUUACUGACCUGAGGAUGAGGCUGCUGAGGCCAGCCCUGGGGGGCACCUACGUGCAGAGGGAGAACCUGUACAAGUACUUCUACGCUGUCUCCAACAUUGAAGUCACCGGCAGGUGUAAAUGCAACCUCCACGCUAACCUGUGCACCUUCAAAGAGGGCAGCCUUCAGUGCGAGUGUGAGCACAACACCACGGGGCAGGACUGCGGCAAGUGCAAGAAGAACUUUCGCUCCAGGUCUUGGCGAGCAGGAUCCUACCUGCCUCUCCCCAACGGGUCCCCCAACGCAUGUGCAGCUGCAGGCUCAGCCUUUGGCACGUUUGAGCGACCGCAGCGGGUUACCACUGCAAAAACGACCACUGCAAAAACCACCACCACAACACCCACCAGCACCACUACCACCAGCACCACCACCACCACCACCAGCACUCCCCUACCUGCCACCACCACCACCCAACCAGACUGCGAGUGCUACGGCCACUCCAACCGCUGCAGCUACAUCGACUUCCUCAACGUGGUGACCUGCGUGAGCUGCAAGCACAACACGCGGGGCCAGCACUGCCAGCACUGCCGCCUGGGCUUCUACCGCAACAGCUCGGCGGAGCUGGAUGACGAGAAUGUAUGCAUAGAAUGUAACUGCAACCAGAUCGGCUCCCUGCACGACCGCUGCAACGAGACCGGCUACUGUGAAUGCAAAGAAGGUGCCACGGGGCCCAAGUGCGACGACUGCCUGCCCAACUACUACUGGAGGCAGGGCUGCUUCCCCAAUGUCUGUGAUGAGGAGCUCCUGCUCUGCCAGAACGGCGGCACCUGCUACCAGAACCAGCGCUGCGUCUGCCCCGUAGGCUUCAAGGGGGUCCUGUGCCAGCAAUCGCGGUGCGAAGUCGACAAAAAGGACUGCAACGGUGCCCCCGGCGCGCGCGCCGGCCUUGGCACCAUCCUCCUCGGCGUGCUCGUCCUCCAGCUGUGCGGCUUCGUGGACCUCUGAGGCCUGGGAGGAGGGAGCCCAGCCGAGGCACAUCACCCGAGGGACCCGGGGAGCUUGAGGUAAUGGGUGGCUCUCCCCACCGGCUCCUCCACCUUCCUUCACGCUAGGACUUGCACAACGUCUUUCGGUCCACUUUCCAAGCAGAGAGGUACGCAGAAAACCAGGGGCCGACUCCUACCCGCGAAACCAUCCCGGCCGUGGCCGGGGCGGCCGCAGCACCGUGCCGACUGCCGAGCAGCGGUGAGGGGACUGCACCAGUGCACACGAGUGCACACCAGUGCCGCGGCCCCGCAGGGACCCGUGGCUCAUCCUUCCUCCCGCGCAGCGAUGCUCCUUCCCUGCUCUGCACAGGGCAACCAGGGGCCACCGGGGCCCUGGUGAAACAGUGCCGCGACCCAAGGGAUUUUUUUUUUACGAUUAAUUUAUUUACUUUGGUAUAGGCUGGGGUGUUUUUUCUGUUCCUUUUUUUUUUAAAAACCCUCUUUUAGUGUCCUAUUUUGAAAGAGCCUGUCAUGGUACCACCAGAGCCCCACCACACAAGAGGGAGGGAGGGCAGAGGGGGCUCUGGUCCAUCCUUGCUGCAUAGUCUCACAUCCCACUGGCGGCCAGGCCAUCCACGUGCUGUUGCCUACAGCUCCAGUUGCUGCAUUGAUUUUGUACUUCAUUGACGGGUUUUGUUUUCUUGCACUUAAGGAGAACAUAGGGGGCCAUUAGGCAUAUGGUAUGUGAGGAAUGCAGUGUCUUAUCCACACAUCUCCGUAUAGUGUACGGUUUAAAUACUUUUUUUUUUUGGUAGAGACUUAUUUUUCUUUGGAUUAAAUGUUAUAAAAAAACACAACUUAAAGGGACGUUUUGCCAUGAGCAUUUGAUUAUGGUGUAUUCUCCUACAGUAAAGCAACUAUCAACUGC